AUGAUUUCUCCGGCGACAUCGGUAUUCGGCGAUGCUUCGCAACGGACCGCGAGUGUGCCUGCUCAAAGCGAUGGAAGGUGGCCAUACAGCAGUCAAAGGUCUUCUAUCGAGUUGAUCGAAGACGAGUCCAGAAAAACUGGUGCAGAACAACAGACUCAACCCGAUUAUAACGUUCAGCAACUUGCAAAGAACAUGCCGCGUUGUUCGUCUAAUACUGGUCUUACUGUAGAUGUCAACCUUUUCCAACCACCACAGAAUAGCGCACUCGACCCAAACGGCUCGGCUUUCGAAGCCAGAGCCUGGACCAAAGCAGUUCUUGCCCUUCGGUCAAAACAUCCUGGAAAGUACGCAGAGAGGACUCUUGGCGUCGCCUUCCGUGAUCUCAAUGCCUACGGCUUUGGAGUGCCUACAGGCUAUCAGCAAACUGUAGGUAAUGUCUGGCUAGGAGCUCUCGGUCUAGUACGUAAGCAUCUUGGAACUGGAAAGAGAAAAAUCGAGAUUCUUAGAGGUCUCGAUGGGAUAGUAGAAGCCGGAGAGAUGCUUGUUGUACUGGGUCCUCCCGGUUCUGGCUGUACGACAUUUCUCAAAGCCAUAUCUGGCGAAACUCACGGCUUCACCGUUGAUGAGAGGUCACACUUAAACUAUCAAGGCAUUAGUGCAAAGCAGAUGCAAAACGAGUUCAGGGGCGAGGCCAUAUACACAGCUGAAAAUGACGUCCACUUCCCAAAGCUUACAGUCGGGCAGACGCUCUAUUUUGCUGCUAGAGCGCGUGCUCCCCGUGAAAUCCCAGGUGGCGUUUCAAAAGAUGUCUAUGCCAAACACAUGCGCGAUGUUGUCAUGGCCACCUUUGGAAUCCUACAUACUAUGGAUACCAACGUCGGAAAUGACUUUGUUCGCGGUGUAUCUGGCGGCGAACGCAAGCGCGUUACCAUUGCGGAGGCGAUUCUGUUGCAGGCUCCUCUACAAUGCUGGGAUAAUUCCACACGUGGUCUCGAUGCAGCAAAUGCUAUUGAAUUCGCCAAGACUCUUAGAAUGAAUACAGAACUCUUAGGCGCCACGGCCUGUGUUUCUAUCUAUCAGGCUUCCCAAACCACCUACGACUUAUUUGACAAAGUCUUGCUCUUGUAUGAAGGACGUCAAAUUUUCUUCGGAAAGACCACCGAGGCUAAGCAAUACUUCCUUGAUAUGGGCUUUGACUGUCCCGCUCGCCAAACAGACGCCGACUUUCUGACAUCCAUGACCAACCCACAAGAGCGUUUAGUUCGCGCAGGUUACGAACAUGUCGUUCCACAAACCCCAGAUAACUUUGCAGACCGGUGGUACAACAGCUCCAAUUAUUACCAACUGAAGCAAGAUCUUGACGCACACGAAAAACGAUUUGCCAUAGGUGGCAAACAUCUCGACGAGUUUGCUGCGUCCCGCAAGGCUCAGCAAGCAAGUAGUCAACGAAGGAAGUCACCAUUCACCCUAGCCUACCUCGAGCAGAUCAGCUUAUGCUUGUGGCGCGGCUUCACCAGGCUGAGGGCUGAUCCGUCCAUAACGCUCGUGGCAGCUUUCUUCAAUAUUCUGAUGGCCUUAGUAGUCUCAUCUGUGUUUUAUAAUCUCCAGCCUACUACCGGGAGCUUCUUUCAGCGCGGUGCUCUACUGUUCUUUGCCGUUUUGCUAAACGCUUUUGCCUCAGCGCUCGAGAUCAUCGUUCUCUACGCCCAACGGCCCAUCGUCGAAAAGCAUGAUAGAUAUGCACUGUAUCACCCAUCAGCCGAGGCGUUUGCAAGCAUGAUUACGGAUCUUCCUUAUAAAAUCAUUAACUCAAUCUGCUUUAACCUCGUUCUUUACUUCAUGGCUAACCUUAGGCGCGAACCAGGCUCCCUUUUCUUCUUUCUUCUUGUCUCGUUUAUUGUCACGCUUGUUAUGUCAAUGAUGUUUAGGACGAUCGCUUCCGUGACUCGUACGUUGGAGCAGGCUCUGGCGCCUGCGGCACUUAUAAUUACUGCUCUUGUUAUCUACGCUGGAUUCGUAAUCCCGACCACAUAUAUGGUCGGCUGGGCAAGGUGGAUUAAUUUUAUCAACCCUGUGGCUUACGGCUUUGAAGCUAUCAUGGCCAACGAAUUUCAUAACCGCAACUUCACUUGCAGCACCUAUGUUCCAUUUGGCGGCCUCUAUGACGAUGUGCCCGCGGUUAAUAGGGCCUGCUCUGCUAUUGGUUCUGUUGUUGGGCAGGCUACGGUUGAUGGGGAUGUUUAUCUCGCCAGCGCUUUUGGCUACCAUAACUCCCACAAGUGGCGAAACGUCAGCAUUAUGGCCGCUUUCCUCGUGUUCUUCCUCAUCACCUACGUCUGGUCCGCAGAGACUGUGCGAGCAAAGAAGAGUCAAGGAGAAGUGCUCCUGUUCCAACGCCGGAAACUCGAACGAGAGAUCGGUAUGCAGCAACGCAGCGACACUGAAAGGGGCGAAUCUGGCAUCCCAAUGCAAGCCAUCAUGGAUCAACUCACCCCCAGGGAACAGUUGCAUCUUCAGAAACAGACUGCAACCUUUCAUUGGUCCGACAUAACCUAUGACAUCAAGGCCAAAGGAGGAAGUCGUAGGUUAUUGAACAUGAUAGACGGCUGGGUAAAGCCUGGAACACUUACGGCUCUGAUGGGCGAAUCCGGCGCUGGCAAAACUACACUACUCGAUGUGCUUGCCUCACGAAAAACUGUUGGAGUAAUCGGAGGCGAUAUGCUUGUUAAUGAUCUCGCCAAAGAUGCAAGCUUUCAACGCAAAACUGGAUACGUCCAGCAGCAAGAUCUGCACCUACAGACGUCGACUGUCCGUGAAGCACUCACCUUCUCUGCCUUACUCCGCCAGCCUGCCUACAUCAAACGAGCGGAUCGACUGGCAUAUGUGGAUGAGGUGAUUGAACUUCUUGACAUGCAGCCAUUUGCAGAUGCUGUUGUAGGUGUCCCCGGAGAAGGUCUCAAUGUCGAACAACGGAAGCGCGUCACGAUUGGCGUAGAGCUUGCUGCAAGGCCACAGCUUCUCCUUUUCCUCGAUGAGCCAACGUCUGGCCUAGAUUCCCAAACGUCCUGGUCGAUCUGUGAUCUCUUAGAUAAGUUGACCAGGAAUGGUCAGGCGAUCUUGUGUACCAUCCAUCAACCCUCUGCGAUAUUAUUUCAGCGUUUCGACCGCCUCUUGUUCCUCGCAAAGGGCGGAAACCCCGUAUACUUUGGUCCCAUCGGCAACAAUGCCUCAAUACUCACUGGCUACUUCGAGCAAAACGGCGCAGCACCUUGUGGUGUAACACAGAAUCCAGCGGAAUGGAUGUUGGAAGUUAUUGGCGCGGCUCCAGGUUCUUCAACCACCAUCGACUGGCCGCACGUAUGGCGUGCAAGCAAGGAAUACCAAGACGUCAAAAGCGAGCUGGGGACGUUGCAGUGUCAACGGGAUAUCGAUGAUUCGAGUUCAGAAAUAACCACCGACGCCAAACAGGCAUUCGAGGAGUUUGCACAGCCAUUCUUUAUACAAUCCUGUGAAGUAACAAAACGCAUUUUCCAGCAAACUUGGCGAGAUCCCGGCUAUGUUUACAGCAAGCUUGCGUUGUGUCUGUUCUCUUCAUUGUUCAUUGGCUUCUCAUUCUUCAAAGCGACUAACAGCCAGACUGGGUUACAAAACCAGAUGUUUGGCAUUUUCUUGCUUGGCAGCAUUCUGCCCAAUCUCGUAGAGCAAACGCAUCCUCGUUUUGUCACACAACGUGAUCUGUACGAGGCGAGAGAACGGCCUUCGAAGUCUUAUUCCUGGCAGUCGUUCAUGCUUGCCAACAUACUGGUAGAACUUAUAUGGUCGCUGCCUAUGGCAGUAGUCAUCUUCUUCUGCUGGUAUUAUCCGAUGGGGCUUUAUCGUAAUGCCGAAGCAACUGACUCGGUCACCAUACGAGGGUUCCAAAUGUUCCUCUUCGUCCUCCAAUUCAUGAUUUAUGCGUCUACUUUCGGUAGCGCUACAAUUGCUGGCGUUGGCUCGGCGGAGGUCGGAGGCGCGUUGACCAAUGUCCUGUUCUCGCUCGCACUUGUAUUUUGUGGUGUUCUAGCCACGAAGGACCAGUUACCAGGAUUCUGGGUUUUCUUGUACCGACUAUCGCCGUUAACCUACUUGGUAGCCGGCAUGCUCACGACGGCGGUCGCAGACACGGAUCUCGUGUGUGCAACAAACGAACUGCUGCGAUUCGACGCCAUUCCGGGACAGAACUGCUCCGUCUACCUUGCUCCGUACCUCAAAACCUUGGGCGGUUACCUCCAGCCUAGCACUGAAGGUUCUGCUCAUUGCGAGUUUUGCCCUUUCGGCAACACCAACCAGUAUCUUGCUCUGCUCGAUAUGCACUACGACCAAAGUUGGCGCAAUUUCGGCAUCUUGUGGGUGUUCAUUCUGUUCAACGUCAGCUUCGCCUUCUUCGUAUAUUGGCUUGCCAGGGUACCAAAGAAGUGGAACCUGAAGGGCAAGGACAAACGAUAGAUGCACAGUUUUCGUAAAGUUAUCGCGAAAUCGUGCUGAAGUGCAUACUGUUACAGAAGCGACCAAAUGCGGAGGAUAGUGCGGUGGCAGGAG